AUGCACACGGUGUACAGCCCUCCCGCGAUGACGCUGAAGAAGGUGCUUCGCAUCUUGACGGAAGCGUACGAGUACGUCGUGGACGUGCUGGUCUUGGCUUAUGCAAUCUAUCUCGGUGUCGAAAUCGACUACAAGACCUAUUAUCGCCAAGAGCCCAGCUGGGCGCACACGGCCGACGUGUGCUUCUGCAUUCUAUUUGUCUGCGACCUUCUCAUAAGGAUGGCCUUAGCACGGGGGCGGUUCGUUACAGGAACAGGGCGGUGGUGGAACUUGCUGGAUACCGUCACCGUUAUCUUGUUUGUUGCGAACCUUCUGGUACUUGAUAACGAGUUGCUGGAGACUUCUUCGACUGCUUUCAGGAUCUGUAGAAUGUUUCGCGUUUUCCGAAUCUUGUGGGCUGCGCGGGUGUCCCUCGCGCAUUCCUCACAGCUCCGACAGUUUCGAAUAUUGCUGGAGUCUCUGUCUGAGAGUAUGAGCCUUGCUCGUUGUUGGGAACGGUUCGUAUUGCGUUGA